AUGAAAAGUCCAAGUACUCUAAAAGAGGUUCAAAAGUUGGCAGGUCGUCUCACUUCACUCUCUCGGUUCCUUCCUUGCCUGGCUGAUAUAGCUAGACCUAUCUUUCUCUUGCUGAAGAAGACAGAGCAGUUCGAAUGGACCCAGGAAUGUGAAGAGUCAUUUCGACUGUUCAAGGAGCGUCUUAGUACACCUCCGAUCCUUUCCAAACCAUUUGCCAACCUUGACAUGAUUGUGUAUUUAGCUGUCUCAGGCAGUUCAAUCAGUGCUGUCCUGAUACAAGAGAACCAAGACAUACAACAACCUGUGUAUUUUAUCAGCCGGACGCUGCAAGACGCCGAGCGACAUUACCAGCUGUUGGAAAAGGUGGCCUUAGGGCUCAUCUAUGCAGCCCAACAGUUAAGGCAGCACUUCCAAAGCCACAGGAUGAUCGUCCGAAUUGACUGCCCGGUUGCAAAGGUCCUCUGGAAACCAGAGAUUGCCGGUCAGAUGAUGGCAUGGUCGGUCGAGCUCUCAAAAUUUGACAUAUCAUUCGAGCUGAGAGGCCCGAUCAAGUCGCAACAUUUGGCUGAUUUCGUCAACGAGCUGACUCCUCCAGGACGUUUUGAAGACGAGACGUGGACCAUGCAUGUUGAUGGGUCCUCUAAUGCCCAAGGUAGUGGCGCCAGAGUAAUCCUCGCUAGCCCCUCAGGUAUCACAGUCGAACAAUCCCUUCGGUUCGACUUUCGUGCUUCAAAUAACCAAGCAGAACACGAAGCCUUGAUAGCCGGAAUGAGAUUAGCAACCGAGAUGGGCGUCAAGAGAAUCACAUGCUGGACUGACUCUAAAAUCGUGGCCGAACAGGUCAAUGAUAACUUUCAAGUCAAAGACUCCAAUUUGUUGCAAUGUUAUCACCUCUUCCAAAAACUCAAGGACGAUUUCACCGAGGUUCAGAUACGACACGUCUUGAGUAGCAACAAUGAACGAGCCGAUCAUCUAGCUCAGCUCGCCAGCAGCCGAAAGCCAGGAGAGUUGCGAACAACCAUUCACCUUGAGAUUCCUUCCCCAAGUGUGACAGUUGAGUGUAUGACAACCGGCACUGAAGCACCGACCUGGAUGACCGCCAUCCGGAGCUUUAUUGUCCAAGGGGAGUUGCCAACUGACCCGGUGGAAGCAAAGAAGUUACGAACACAAGCGGCUCGGUACUCCAUGGUGGCCGAUGAACUCUACAGGAGGGGAUUCUCCACCCCGCUGCUCAAAUGCAUCGACAAUCACCAAGCUGACUACGUAAUAAGGGAAAUCCACGAAGAUUUGAUUGUAUCCGGAGUACGCAUACAGAAAUGA